CUGGCCGCGGUUCCGGCAGCUCCCUGCGGCCGCGGGCGCACUCGGCCGGUGCUGCGCUGCUGGGAGGGCGGCUCUCCGAAGCCGCGCGUCCUGUCGUCGCGCCCCUGGUCCAGCAUGGCUUUCGCCAAUUUCCGCCGCAUCUUGCGUUUAUCCACUUUCGAGAAGAGAAAGUCCCGGGAAUACGAGCACGUCCGCCGGGACCUGGACCCCAACGACGUAUGGGAGAUCGUGGGCGAGUUGGGAGACGGCGCCUUCGGUAAAGUCUACAAGGCCAAAAACAAGGAGACCGGCGCCCUGGCGGCAGCCAAAGUCAUCGAGACUAAGAGUGAGGAGGAGCUGGAGGACUACAUCGUGGAGAUCGAGGUCCUGGCCACCUGCGACCACCCGUACAUCGUGAAGCUCCUAGGGGCCUAUUACUACGAUGGGAAGCUAUGGAUCAUGAUUGAGUUCUGUCCUGGGGGAGCUGUGGACGCCAUCAUGCUGGAGCUGGAUCGAGGCCUCACUGAGCCCCAGAUUCAGGUCGUAUGCCGCCAGAUGUUGGAGGCCCUUGACUUCCUGCACAGCAAGAGGAUCAUCCACCGAGAUCUGAAAGCUGGCAACGUGCUUAUGACCCUGGAGGGGGACAUCAGGCUGGCUGAUUUUGGCGUGUCUGCCAAGAAUCUGAAAACUCUGCAAAAGCGAGAUUCCUUCAUAGGAACGCCUUACUGGAUGGCCCCUGAGGUGGUGCUGUGCGAAACCAUGAAGGACGCCCCCUAUGACUACAAGGCCGACAUCUGGUCCUUGGGCAUCACUAUGAUCGAGAUGGCGCAGAUCGAGCCCCCACACCACGAGCUCAACCCCAUGCGGGUCCUGCUCAAGAUCGCCAAGUCGGACCCUCCCACCCUGCUCACACCCUCCAAGUGGUCUGUGGAGUUCCGAGACUUUCUGAAGAUAGCCUUGGAUAAGAACCCAGAAACCCGGCCCAGCGCUGCACAGCUGCUGCAGCAUCCCUUCGUCAGCAGGGUCACCAGCAAUAAGGCUCUUCGGGAGCUGGUGGCCGAGGCAAAGGCCGAGGUGAUGGAGGAAAUUGAGGAUGGCCGGGAGGAUGCCAAGGAAGAUGGCGAGGAGGAGGAUGCUGUGGAUGCUGUCCCGCCCCUAGUCAACCACACCCAGGACUCCACCAAUACAACUCAGCCAAGCCUCAACUCAGACAAGCUUCACCAGGAUUCCUCCACCCCCCUGCCUCCCAGCCAGCCUCAGGAGCCUGUGAAUGGCCCCUGUAGCCAACCCUCAGGGGAUGGAUCCCUCCAAACCACCAGCCCCACAGAUGGGGUCUCCAAGAAUGACAACAACUUAAAAGUUCCUGUUCCCCUCCGGAAGUCCCGGCCACUGUCCAUGGACGCCAGAAUUCAGGUGGACGAAGAGAAACAAAUCACUGACCAGACUGAGAACCCCAGUCCUGGAGCCAGCAAGUCCCAAAAGGCCAACCAGAGCCGACCUAACAGCAGCGCUCUGGAGACUUUGGGUGGCGAGACUAUGUCCAAUGGUAGCCUGGAACUCCCCAGCUCUGUCACCCCAAGCCAUUCCAAGAGGGCAUCGGACUGUAGCAACCUGUCUACCUCAGAGAGCAUGGACUACGGCACCUCCCUGUCUGCUGACCUGUCACUGAACAAAGAAACGGGCUCAUUGUCUCUCAAGGGGUCAAAACUGCACAACAAGACCCUGAAGCGGACCCGCCGGUUCGUGGUGGAUGGCGUGGAGGUAAGCAUCACCACCUCCAAGAUCAUCAGCGAGGAUGAGAAGAAAGAUGAGGAGAUGAGAUUUCUCAGGCGCCAGGAACUCCGGGAGCUUCGGCUUCUGCAGAAAGAAGAACAUCGGAACCAGACGCAGCUGAGCAGCAAGCACGAGCUGCAGCUGGAGCAGAUGCACAAACGUUUUGAACAGGAAAUCAACGCCAAGAAGAAGUUCUAUGACGUGGAGCUAGAAAACCUGGAGCGGCAGCAGAAGCAGCAGGUGGAGAAGAUGGAGCAGGACCACAGCCUGCGCCGCAGAGAGGAGGCCAAGAGGAUCCGCCUGGAGCAGGAUCGAGACUACGCCCGGUUCCAGGAGCAGCUCAAGCAGAUGAAGAAGGAGGUGAAGACCGAGGUUGAGAAACUGCCCCGGCAGCAGCGGAAGGAGAGCAUGAAGCAGAAGAUGGAGGAGCACUCGCAGAAGAAACAGCUGCUGGACCGGGACUUUGUAGCCAAGCAGAAGGAAGACCUGGAGCUGGCCAUGAAGAAGCUCACGGCGGAAAACAAGCGUGAGAUCUGUGACAUGGAGCGUGACUGCCUGAGCAAGAAACAGGAGCUCCUCCGAGACCGCGAGGCAGCCCUGUGGGAGAUGGAGGAGCACCAGCUGCAGGAGCGACAUCAGCUGGUGAAGCAGCAACUUAAGGACCAGUACUUCCUGCAGCGGCAUGACCUGCUGCGGAAGCACGAGAAGGAGCGGGAACAGAUGCAGCGCUACAACCAGCGCAUGAUGGAGCAGCUGAAGGUCAGACAGCAGCAGGAGAAGGCGCGGCUACCCAAGAUCCAGAGGAGCGACGGCAAGACGCGCAUGGCCAUGUACAAGAAGAGCUUGCACAUCAAUGGCGCGGGCAGCGCCUCCGAGCAGCGCGAGAAGAUCAAGCAGUUCUCCCAGCAGGAGGAGAAGAGGCAGAAGGCGGAGAGGCUGCAGCAGCAGCAGAAACACGAGAACCAGAUGCGAGACAUGGUGGCGCAGUGCGAGAGCAACAUGAGCGAGCUGCAGCAGCUGCAGAACGAAAAGUGUCACCUGUUGGUAGAGCAUGAGACCCAGAAGCUCAAGGCCCUGGAUGAGAGUCACAACCAGAGCCUGAAGGAAUGGCGGGACAAGCUUCGGCCCCGCAAAAAGGCCCUGGAAGAGGAUUUGAACCAGAAGAAGCGGGAACAGGAAAUGUUCUUCAAAUUAAGUGAGGAGGCAGAGUCCUUACCCAACACACCCAACAGAGCCAGCAAGUUCUUCCCCUACAGCUCUGGGGAUGCUUCCUAACACCCACACGCCUGGGCUGUGGUGGGCAGCAUGGCCACUGGGGCCUCCAAGCCUCAGUGAACAAGUGACUCAGGACCGCUUCCUCUUGCUUCUGUGCCAGCUCCAACUACCCAGCCCCCUGCAGCGCCGCAGUUGUCCACAGUGCCAGCCCUGCGCUUCUGGCGGAUGACCUCCUCAAGACUUAGAGUCCCAUCACCUGGAAGUGAUUUGCGCUGGUGAGGUCAGGGGCCAGGCAGGAUGGGUGUGCCCCUCCUGUUAGCCCAAACACCAGCUCUACCUUCUGUGAGCACAAACGCUACUGUUGACAUCACCGUGAACUCAUCCUUAAUGUGAUCCUUGUGGGUUUUGGUUUUUUUCUUCAAUAAUUCCUCACAGUGUCAGAAAACAUUCCUAAGAGCCAUUUUGGUUCUCAGUGGCCAGCUCUCGAGUGUCCUCAGGCCCCUGCUUCACAAGGUGACUUUGUGCUUGAUGAGACGCUGUGUAUGUGGGCAUAGGAAACGGGGAGGCCAGAAAUGUUCGUUCUGCUGGAUUCUAACGUUUUAUUCAUCCCAUCUUAUUUUCCUGCUCCCUGUGAGACACACACAUACACAUACCACACACACACAGUGCAAACACACAACUUGGCCCCCCUGACACCACCCAGGCUGCCUCUGCCGUGGCCUCCUAGGACCGGAUGCAUUGGAACCUGCUUGCUGCCUCCUGAGCCUGAGCCCCAGCCACCGAGCAUGUCAGGUGGAGCAGCUGGUGGGCCAUGCUGAGUGCUGGCACCGGAGCCCAGAGAAGGCACAGGCUGUACUGCCAGCUUGCAACUCAUUUGGCUGCACAUAGGACCCCGUGUUCAGGGGUACGCUCCCCUCCACACUUGACUUCUGCCGCCUAGCAUGUGCCAAUCUCAGCCUCGCCCGCUUGUCGGCAGGUACCCAGGAAGGCUCUUGACCUUCGCCCUAGUCCUGUACUGAAGUCCCGCUGUGCAAGUCAGGGAGAAACGCUUCCCACCUACCUUUCCAUGCUGAGCUCAGGAAAAUGCCGAGCCUCUAUGCCUGGGCCUUCGGGGUGCUCAGGUAGCCUUCCCAAGAUGCUGAGCCCUAUAGGCUCCCGUACCCAGAAUGCAUUCGCUGAUAAAGCUGCCUAAGUGCUCAGUUACAGCACAGGUAAAUGGCGGACUGCCUCGAUCCCCUCUUCAAAAAGCUCCUUCCCUAGGAUGAUGGUGGGCGGGAUGGGGAGUGGGGCCCAGGCAGUUGAGCCUGGCGAGUGGCUGAGACCUCAGCGGGAUUUCUCCUUCACUGCCCGAUGCUGAAGCAAGGUUCUAGAAAGUCUCCUCAGAUGAAAACUGGGUGCUUGCGGGGGAGAAUAGGCUAGGGAAAAAAAAUAGGAAAACAGGUCUUGGGACUCCCAGAUCUUGUGUGCAGUAAGGAGGCCAGUCCACAGAGUCCCAGGAAGGCAAUAGUUCUCAGGGUAGCGAGCCGUCAGGCUGGCACCAAGGAGUCCUGGGGAACAGUUGACUUCCUUCUUUCCAGUGCGUGGGUGCUGGGAAACACGAGUCGUCAGAGGGCAGGGGUAGGACUUAGAGAUGACAAGAGGGCAAGGCAAGGCCACACCUGCAGGUGGUGGGCAGGAUGGGUGCUCGGCCGUGGUUUACAAUCUCAGUUUGCUUACAUUCGGGGCACUUGACAGUGGCUGUUAGGCACAAAGCCAGUUUUGUGGUUCAAGUCACCGUCCUUGACCACUCCCUGACAUCAUUCAUACUGUUCCAGUCCUUUGUUGUGUCCAUGCUCAGGACCGCCUGAGCCCUGGUAGCUCUGCUGUGCCUUUUGGAGUGGGGUCUAGCCUAGUCUUCCAGCUUCAUAAUUUAGCAUAAGUGCAGUGCCUGCCACUGAUGAAGGCCCACACAGUAUUCCUCAUGCCCUGUGCUAACGUUUUCUGUAUGGGAACAGGCAGAAAUGUUUUUAGCGCAGUAAAUAUAACUAACUUAUAUUUCCCUUCAUGAAGGAUAGAAGUAACGUGUAUGUCAUUUCCAAUCCAAGCACCGUGUAUAAUUUUUGUAAACUGUUCUCUUCGAACAAAAAAUGUAAAUAUGCUUCUAAUAAAAUAAUAAGGUAAUUUG